CCUGUGCAUUCGUCAUUCAGGGCAGACUUAUUCUCACUCAUCAUCCUCCCUCGCUUCCUCUCGCUCAGCGGCAAGACGGACGCAAGCAGCACAGCAACUGCUGAACUACAAGAACGAGACGCUCUACUUGUGCUUGGCUUCCGAGAGCCAACGACUACCAGCAAGAGGUUGUUGCGCAUCCCUCACAGAAGCCAGCAGAGUUUCCUUCUUCUUCGGUAGCUGGCGCCGUUCUCCAUCCUCUGCGGUUCGGCACAACGCGUAUCUGCCUCUACUCGCGCUUUGCUGCGCACACUCUGGCAUGUCUGUGCCUAGCAGGCUAGCUAACUCGGCGGCGCACGCCACGAGCGCUGUUCGUCAUGGCCAGUUGAAUGUUUGCAAGGGCGGCAGCGCGCCAUCUACCAGCAGAGCGAUGCUGACGACCGCUGCAGGAGAUCGCAUGUCGAUUAGGAGCCGCUGUGGCUCUUGGGGCACCUGUCGCGAUCGGGCCAGGCCUCUUCUCGUAUCAGCCCGGCGAAGGGAUCAAAGCGGAUGGGCAUCGGUCGUGGACACGGCUAAGAAUCUCGUCUCCAGCAGUCCUUCACCCACUUCUCCCUCCCAAUCACCGCAGACACACGCAACAGGCUCCACCGCCUUUUCUCCUCCGCCGACGAAGACCUCAACGCAUGCUCCAUCCCAGGGCAGUACCUCAUCGAGCAGCGGCGGACCGCGACCGACAUUCCAGGAUCCUUUGGAUCUCGUCAGGCGAGAGCUUUCCUCACUGAGAGCGAACGUUUCCACACUGCUCGGCUCAGGCCAUCCAGCGCUCGAUACGAUAGCAAAGUACUACUUUCAAGCAGAGGGAAAGCACAUUCGUCCACUCAUCGUGCUUCUCAUGGCGAGAGCAACGAAUGGAUUGAGUCCGAAGUGGGGAGAGUUGGUCCUCAAAGCGUACAGCGAACGGAGUAGCUCGCGGUCGCUAUCGGCUGGAGGUGAGGGCGUGGAGAUCGAGCACAGCAUGGGUAUCGAUGAGCCUCUUAGUCCGAGAGAAGUGCUCAACGAUUUCAAUCCGCACAUGGAAAGCGUGGAAGGCGGAGGUGAGGACUGCAGUGCCGCGACAGCCGCACAAUCGCAUCCAGCUCCCUCUUUCGAUGCUCCUCAAGCUCCAGACUCCAAAUCUGAGCUGCACCGGUUGGCAGUCGAGAGCAACACGUCGAUCUUGCCCACCCAGAGGAGGCUAGCAGAGAUCACAGAAAUGAUCCACGUCGCUUCUCUUCUCCACGACGACGUGAUCGAUGCUUCUUCAUUGCGAAGAGGGGAGCCUUCGGCACCGGCGGCGUUUGGCAACAAACUGAGCAUUCUCGGCGGCGACUUUCUGCUCGGUAGGGCAUCAGUAGCCCUAGCUCGGUUGAGGGACAACGAGGUGGUGGAGCUUCUGGCUACCGUCAUCGCGAAUCUGGUGGAAGGUGAGGUCAUGCAGCUGCGAGCACAAGCGCUGGACGACCACGCCAAUGGCGCAGCUCGUCCGUCAAAGAGCGUUUUCAGCACAUUUUGGGAAGGCAAAGCGUCGAGUCAGCCUGCUGCUGCUUCAGCCUCGCAUGGUGGUCCAGGCCCUCAGGUGUUCGAGCACUACUUGCAAAAGACGUAUCUGAAGACCGCCGCGCUCAUCGGCAAGUCGGCUAGAGCCGCCACUAUCCUGGGAGGCUCUGGAGCGGAUGCCGUGAGAGGGUUGGGAGAAGAGGCCGAGAGUAGCGCCAGAGCGGUCAGGGAUGCUGCCUACACCUAUGGAAGGAACGUCGGCAUUGCGUUUCAGCUCGUCGACGAUCUGCUAGACUUCAAAUCCACUUCGUCCGCUUUCGGCAAACCCUCUGGUGGUGCAGAUCUACGACUUGGUCUGGCGACGGCACCGGUUCUGUAUGCGUGGGAAGAGAUGCCCAACGAGGGGAUGGGAGAGAUGGUCAGAAGGAAGUUUGAGGGAGAAGGUGAUGUCGAACGUGCACUGGCCAUUGUGAAUCGCUCGUCAGGUCUGGAACGAACUGCGGAGCUAGCUCGUCAUCAUUGCGCGUUGGCUUCGCAAGCUCUAUCCAUCUUUCCGCCCAGCGAGGCCAGAGAUGCGCUCGAAUCGCUAAAUCAGAGCGUGCUCACAAGGGUGAAGUAGAAGCUGGAUAGAUCAAUCAUUUCAGCGCGAUGCCGCAGCUGUUAAACAUCUAUAGAAAGCUGCGAAUGUCACCCAAUGCGUCGGAACGGAAUUUUCCACCACAAUGCGCAUGAUUUACUGCCACUUGCAGGAGCGGCUUCGGACGAGUGCGCACGACUCGCAACAUCUCUCGACCCUAGAUCGCUACAGAUGGCGGGCGGGGCUGAUGAGCCUCUUCGCUUGCUUGACUGUUCGUGGCCCGGCGGCGACAUGCGCUGCCGAGCAAGACAGACCUUGUGGGCCCUCGAGAUGUUGGAGAAACGUGAGCGGG